AUGCAGCGCGGCGAGGAGCAUGGAUUCAGCAGUUCAAGCAUUCCAGCAAUGGUCCACUCUUUCUUCUCCAUCUCAUUCGUUCCUCUCCCCCGUCGCCACCUGCCCACCUCCACUCGCCGCCCCUGGCUCUCCUUUCAAGUAGAUCUGCUCUGGGGGAGCCUAGCCGCCGCCGUCCACCAUCGGCCCUUCCCUACCCGUCGCUGCCGAGAGGUCGCCGCGACGGUUGUAAAGGACUUUGAUGACGCCGUCAAACAUUUGGUUGAUCUUUUGCGUACAAGCAACGACCGUUCUACAGAAGGCAAACUCGAAGUAUUCGUCUGUUAUGGCUGGUUUGAGGGCGUGGGAGCAUCUGCUGUCCUUAGAGCUACAGCCAAACUCCUAAACUCUACAACAUGUGAUGAUUUCAACACGAGAAAGCAUUUUGACAGAGUCGUCUACGUGGACUGCUCAAAUUGUAUAAACAGAAGGGCCAUGCAGAGGGCAAUCGCAAAGGAGUUGAACCUUCACCAUGCAAUGCCCAUAAUUGAUAAGCAAGAUGAACAUGAUGAUUUCAGAGGGGUACACAACAGCAAUAGAAAAGAGGUGCCAGGGAUCGGAAGUUUGAUUACUAAGUCACUAAGAGAUGAAAGAUUUUUGAUGAUUUUUUAUUAUGAAGUAGUUGAAGAUAUUGAUCUGAUAGAAUGUGGCAUUCCUGUUUUCGGUAAAGGUAUAUUGUUAUGGACCAAUUGCAGAAGAUUUCUGGUCCACACGAGAGAAAGCAAGUUGAUGUCCCCUUCUGCUAGUAAUGAUAUUUUUAUCAGUUUCUAUCAGAAUGAAGGCAUAAAACAAAUACAUAAUAUAUUGCAUGAAGAAGCUGUCGGAGUGAUUGGUGGCACUGGUAUGGAUGGCAUCAACCCAGAAAUAGUUUUGGAUUGCUUCCUGUACUCAAUCUUCUUGACAGCACAGUUACCUAAAAACUCUAUUGGUGUUGACUAUGGUUGGGCUACUCAUGCUUGCAACUACUGGAUAUGUGAUGGAAUCCUUGAGGAUAGAGCAUGGGAGAUCGGUAAUGCAUUGUAUGGAGUGAUACCGCAAUUUGACUAUUAUUCAGAAAAAAUAUGGGGCUAUUUUUCAGAUGAAACAAGACGUUUGGCAAUGGCAUCAGAUUAUUAUGGACGAAAAAAAUCUUAUGAAGGUUGGUGUUCAGUCACCUCUAACAAACCAACAGCAGAUGAUAUCUCUUACGUUCCUGGAAGUGCAUCAUCAUAUUUCCUAACAUGCCAGGGAGAUGAUCCAGUAUAUAUACAUUUUGUUUUGUUGCCUCAGAUGAUUGAGCUUAUGACCAAUCUCAGGGAGCUGAAUACAAAGGGAGUCUUAUGGAAGGCUGUAAGUCAUGCAUGGAAGAAGCUACAGAAGCUUCAUAAGCUCCGGUUAAGCGAAUCUUCAGAUGUGGUUACAGUGGACAUUUGUUCUUUUGCGGAUAUGAUGAAUCUGGAGCUCCUUGACUUGUCUGGCAACACUCACAUGGAAUCAUUGCCGACAUUGUCGUCCGCAAGAAGUCUGAAGAUGCUUGUUAUUGAUGGUUGUUCCAGCUUGGAGCAUGUUGCACUGGAAGGAGCUCCUCCACUGCUUGAAAGUUUUAGCUUUGAUGGUUACGGCCCAGCAGAGAAUUGGACUCACUCCAUACAUCUGCCACGAAAGGAAUUGCGCCUCAAGUCUCGUAUGGCUCCAGUUGAAAUAGUCAAGGUGACUAAGAUCUCCCUCCAUGGCUGUGGUCGAUUGCAAAACAUAUUCUUGCGUGCAUUGCCCUGUCUGGAGGAACUGGACCUCUCUGGUACAGCCAUUAAAAUACUUGACCUCCGAGCAAUGGAUGUCCCGAAACUCAAGAAGUUAUUUCUACUGGGUUGUGAGCAGCUUCGUAGCCUAAUCUGGCAUGGCCCACCUAGAUUGAAAGUGCUCCAUGUGGACACACAGAGGAAGAUUAGAUCAAUGAUCAGUUGUGGAGAACAGGGAUCCUUCAACAUUGAGGUAUGUAUUGCUUUUACGGAUGGGAGGUUCAUUUGGUCAUCCUCAAAGGGACUCUUUUUCCAGACACUAAAUAUUCUCUCCAAGGUAUACCUUCUUAUCUCUUGUAUGAGCCAUAGUGAAGCCAACAUCACCAAAAGUAUCAAGGAGAUUGGCUCUAGCAAACAGGGUUUGGUUCCAACAAGGUCGUUAUUACCGUAUAAUGAUAUUGCUCUGGCUAAUGAUGUUACAUGCUCGGUCUUGGUGUGGAACUGUCGACAACUCCAAACUUUGAAUGUGCAUAUCGAGAUUGGUAAAGGAAGCUAUAAUUUAGAUAGUAUGCAAGACGAAGGGGAUUUCAGAAGCUUCACAGGAUAUGUUGAAUCAUUGCAUGUGCAUGAUAAUUGCUCCAUCACUGCUAUCCCCCCAACGAACUGGGGGAGACUAGAAUGGUGUCAUGUUGAGAGGUGCCCCAAGCUAAACUAUGUGUUUUCACGUCGGAAGGGAACAUACAGCUUUCAAUGUAUAAAGAUAUUUUCAGCUUCUGAUCUCCUAGUGGCCUAUUGCAUCUGGGGAGGCAUCAAUAAAACUUGGGGUGACUUUUAUUACAGUCAUCAGAGUCUCCAACAACUGCAACACAUAUACCUGUACAAUUGCCCAAGGCUGGUGCUCGUCCUCACCAUUUCCUUCACCUUGCCCAACUUGGAGACCCUCCAGAUUGCAUAUUGCAGUAGCCUUCGACAUGUUUUUCCAUUGGACGACAAGUACCCUACGGAAAUAGUAUCUGGUGUCACAUUCAAGAACCUGAAGGACAUCAAGCUACACCAUCUUCACAAGCUGGAGCAGAUAUGUGAGGCCAGAUUGACCGCACCUGCGCUGCAGACGGUCGGCAUCAGGGACUGCUGGGCUCUCAAGCGUCUGCCAGCUGUAGCGUGUGAUGGUCCUAAGCCGGUGGUGGACUGCGAGAAGGAUAUGUGGGACAAGCUCGAGUGGGAUGGCCUGGACGCUGGACAUCACCCGUCGCUCUUCGAAACGCGCCACUCCACUUAUCACAAGAAGACCCUCCCAAGGGGCUCCUAUCUAAGGUCCGUCGCAUGUUGA